AUGAAGUCAUCCCCAACAAAUGCUCUACAGGUUGAAUGUGUUGAUCCUCCGCUGCAUCUCAGGCGACAGUAUCUAUGUGAUAGAUUUAUCAGUAAAACACUUCAGCUUUCUUCCCACCCUCUAUGGUCUAAAUUAACCCAGCUAUCAGUAGUCCUUAGACCUAGUAAUCCCUCUUCAUGUCUCCUUAAUAAUUUUGAAAAAUUUACCAAUCUUCCGCAUCCCUUGUCGUCAUUAUCAAUAAAUCCUUUGUAUUCUACGUCAUAUGAGGCCCUUGUUUACAAUCCUCCUGUGAUUACAGAUCUGGGACUAACCAAAGACGCCCCUGACACCAACACAAAAUUCCAAGAAAUUGUUCAUCAAAAUUGGUCAAAUUACUUGUUCAUCUACACAGAUGCUUCAAAACUCUCCCCUGAAAGUUGUGUUGGUGCAGCCUGCUGGGUUCCCAAAUAUAAAAUAGUUUUGCAAUUUAAAUGUCCUCCAGAAACCUCGGUGUUCACAGGAGAGGCUGUUGCCUUGUUAGAGGCAAUCCUGUUUGCCCGAUCCCAUAACAUAAAACAAACUGUUAUUUUUACUGACUCCCUUAGCUGCUUGUAUUCCAUUAGGGAAAACCCUUUUAGAACAUGGAUACCCAGUCACUCCGGCAUCUCUGGUAAUGAAUCUGCGGACUCUUGUGCUAAGGCAGCUGUACAACUUGGCUCAUUGGAACAUUUUAAAAAUUAUUCACAUGACCUCAGCACCUUAGCAAAAAACUAUUUAGAUAAAUCUUGGCAAUCAUUUUGGAACCAAUCAAAAACCAUUAAAGGUAAAUUCUAUGCCUCAAUUCAACCAGACAUACCCAAGCGACCUUGGUUCUUUCUCCAUAGGUAUGCUGUCAGAUGGGUUACCUCCACAAUAUCCCGUUUAAGACUUGCUCAUGCCUGUACACCUGUCCACUUGAACAAAAUUAGAGUGAGAGAUCACUCUCUGUGCGAAUGUGGUUUGGACGAAGGCUCAGUUUCCCAUAUCCUCUUCUCUUGCCCUAAACUUCUCCACCCCCUAUAUGAUGUUCUCCCUCCUAAAUUUCCACGUCCUUUAAAUGUUGAGUGUUUGUUAAUGUCUGUGUUUAGUCCCUAUUGUAAAUUUAUAUGUAAAUAUAUUCAAUGUAAUAACAUUAAACUGUAAAUAUUAUAUGUGUUAACAAUA